AUGCAACGAACAAUAUGGCAGGCUCUGCUAGCGACCACAAUACUCGGAUGUCUGGUGCUGUUCUUUCUCUCAUCAUCACCAUAUAGCCAGUCUCGACUUCUCCACCAACAACAAGCGAGCGUCGACCAAGCCUACGAGAACGACAACGAGUUCUUCCAAUGGAAAUCCAAAUCCGCAUACCGACACGUGACGAAAGGCACAGCGAAGAACGCUCACGUCGAAGAGCUAUGCAAGUUCUUUCCCAAAGAGAAACUCGAGCACAUUCAACCCGUGCUGAAAUCUGGGCACGGAGCAAUGCAUCGGGUGCGAGAACAGCUGAACAGUUCUGCGGCGUGUCUUGAUAAUCUCCUUAUCUUCUCCGAUAUGAAUGAAGAGGUCGCCGGCCGAGCUGUCAUCGAUACGAUCGCGGAUAUACCGCAGAAAUUGAUCGAUAGCGAUGAUCAGACUCUACCAUAUCGUCGUCUGAAACAGUAUGUCAUCAAUGGCACCCUUGAUGAAGCAGAUGAGAAUAAGCUUCCAGGUUGGGAGACGGACAAAUUCAAGUUCUUGCCUGAUAUCAGUCGCGCAUGGCGAAUGAGUCCUGACAAAAAGUGGUACGUGUUCUUCGAGGGCGACACGUAUAUCCUAUGGGACACUCUCUUCCGCUUGCUAGAACACUUCAACCCGGAUAUACCGCAUUACUUCGGAUCGCCUUCGCCCGGACGAGACGUGAUGUGGUUUGCGAACGGGGGACCGGGACUCAUUCUCUCUCGCGCUGCGAUGCAGAAGCUCGUGCAAUAUGAUUAUACUUGGAGAAACAUGAAGUAUCGAGGCUCCAAAUUGGCUGAGAAGCAUUGGCAUGAGACAUUGGUGAAUUGUUGCGGCGACAGCAUCUUGGGUUGGGCAUUGUGGGAAGAAGCUGUCAAGCUGGAAGGGCUGUGGCCGAUGUUCAACCCACAUCCGCCGCAUGGGGUGCCAUUUUCGGAGUUGUAUUGGUGUCAGCCUGUGUUGAGCAUGCACAAGCCAAAGGAUGACACUGCGGAGAGGUUAUGGAGGUGGGAGUGGCGGGAGAGGGGUGUAGAGCGUCCUCUUCUCUACCGCGACCUCGCAACGUCCUUCUACGAGAGUUUUCAGUCGCCCAGCAUUCGCAAAGACUGGGACAACGCCGACUGGGACGGCUUCGAGCCACCGAAAUACCAAGCUGCUCAUGCUUCUGUCGAACGCUGCCAAGAAGCUUGCACGAAGCACAAUCUUUGUAUGCAAUGGACAUAUCAUCUCAAGAGAUGCUGGUUUGUUCGAUCUUUCCGACUCGGGCAAGCGAAAGGGCCACGCGUGGAGGAUGAUCGUAAAGAUGAAAAGUGGUUAGAAGAGGAUAAGAGGUACAUCGCAGGUUGGGAUACGGUGAAGAUCAAGAAAUGGAUCGAGAAAAGGCCCUGUACAGAGGUGCAGUGGGUGAAGCCGAGUACGAAGAGGAUCUUCUGAGACAGCGAAGUCAUAGUGCUGUGGCCGGCAAGAACGAAUUUUUCAACGGCUGCCAAACUUGGUCUAAAGAAUCCCAGCCCUAGAAGAGCUCGCGUUCAUGAACGUUUUCUUGU